AUGUUCAGCUUCCGCAAAUGUGAGGACUUGGAUCCGGAAGGUGGUCAUGAAUUGUUGUGCUUCCGCGGUCUUUCAGCGGAUGCGCAAGAUCAGCUGUUCCACAGCGUGUUUGCGAAAGGCUGUGAAGGUGAAUGUGGGGGUUUGAUGACCCAAGAAGAACGAUCAAAAUGGAAACUUCACGGCACUUCUGCCGAAUACACGGUUGAAAGUUGCCAUGGCGAAAAAUGGCACGUCCAGGGUGAAGAAACCAUGGCCUUGGAUGGCAUGGGUUUUCAUGGCCGCCACCAUUUGCCACUGCUUCACUCCGAUGCGUGCCAGGAGUUGUUGGCUGCCUUGCGCCAGGCAGCCCCUAAAUGUUCAGCGGCGCAUCCACCAGCGUUCCAGCCGGAAUACAUUUCUGUGAGCUAUGAGAAUCUCGGGGGCCGAAUCAUCAAAGGGACAUUGUGUGGCACAGCUUAUGAUGACGAUCGGUGCUGCCGCCGUGGCGAAGACGGAGAUGGGACUCCUAAGGCGUUCCUUUUCCUGGGCAGGGCUGCAAUCACCGUAGGGUUCAAAUAUGAUAAAUCUGACCGACAGUGGCUCAAAGUGCGCAUGGCUCCUGGCGACUGCCUUCUACGUUUUGGCAGCGCCCGCGCUUGGUGCAUGGGCGUGCUUAAAAUUGACAAUUCUGCUCCAGAGGGGAGAGGCGACAGCAAUCCGUGCCCAUUUGAUUUUGUCCAUGUCAAAAUUCAAGAUCACCGCAGACUGCGCGAGGAGAAGCCUGAUCUCUUUGCUCGGUGCCAUGCCAAACGCAUCGAUCCCCAGGAUGACAAGUUCAACAUGAACCCCGGCUGCUUCCAGUACGCAUACACAGUGCUAGGCCCUGGUGCAGACGGGCGCAUCCAGUGCCGGGUCAUAAAUGACAACAAAAUGCAGUUUGCAACAUGUGCUUCAAGUGGUACACUGGGGCAUGGUGUGACCAGGGCCAGGGCAUGCUACGUCGAUGGCCCUCAAAAGGGCGCAGGCAAGGGCAAGAGCAAAUCCAAAGGAAAGCACAAGGAUUGGGCACAGAUUCCUGCUCAGAGCAUGGGAGAGAAUGCGCCCGAGCCUCGUCGUCGGUGGGCUGGGAAACGAGCCAAGGAAACGUCCGAAGAUAGCUUGAUGGGCGCAUGA